CUAAAUUUAGUCUCGAACGGACAUUUAUUGCAAAUAUGACUAUCUUUUAUGGAAGUGAAUUUUUAGAACAUAAUCCGAAAUCUUUGGAAAAUGUGAGGAAGAAGUGUAACCUGGAGAAACCUUUGGCGAUGGAACAGGCCAUCAGUAUUUUGGAAGAAUGGAUCCAGAAGCAAGAUCAUUUUGUGAAAAAAGAUUUCCAUAGAGGAUAUCUGGAACGAGUGAUAAUUUCUACAAAAGGGUCGAUAGAGAAAGCUAAGACGAGAGUGGACAAGCUAUGCACCAUGAGGACAAAUCUACCGCAUUUCUUCGAGAAAUGUAAUGUGAAGAGGGAUUUUCCAAAGUUACACGAAACUUACAUUAGCGUUCACAUGCCAAAAAUGACGGAAGAUAACAACAGGAUCUACAUAGCAAAAGUGACAGCCAAAAGUCUAACGCCAGAUGUGUUUUUAGAAGCUUAUCAACAUUCCGUGAUUCUGUCUGAGUACAUGAAACUUCAUGACUAUUCUCAAGGGUGUCACGUGAUUGCCGAUUUCCGAGAUGUGAACAUCAUGGAAAUGCUUAGCCAAAUGAAUAUCAUCGAAUUUCGCAAUGUCAUCACUUUGUAUCUGGAAGGCUACGGGUUCGGCGUAAAGGGCGUAUACGUGCUUUCGACGUCAAAAUUGAUACACACAUUCCUGAACAUGGUAAAGCCAUUUAUAAGCGCUAAGAUUGCUGAGCGCAUUAGAGUGCUCAAAGAUGUGGAGUCGCUGCAAGUCUAUGUUCCGAAACGGUUGUUGCCAGAAGAAUAUGGCGGGUCACAAAAAUCUCUGUUGGACAUAUAUGAUGACUGGGUGGAAGAACUCUCAUCGGAGAAGCACGUAACGUAUACAAAGGAGAUGAGACUCGCUCGCACCAACGAGGCUUUCAGGCGAAAAGACAAAUGUCAAGAAGAUUACAUGGGAAUGCCGGGGACUUUCAAAAUUCUAAGCAUUGACUGAACCUAUGCUUUUCUAAACUGUUAUUUUUUGUUUAACUUAAAAUAUAUUUGUGAAUUUGCACGGGAAAACGUCCCACUUUGUCGAUUGAUAUAAAGCCAUAAUAGUGCAUUACGAUACUAGAAAAAAGAAGGUUCUAAACGAGUGGCUUUUCGCACGUGUAUCGUACGACGUUUUUUAGUACAGAUGACCCUCCGAAGUUUCGACCUGGCAUAUAAUGAACACUAGU